UCUCGCCAGGUGAACGGCAUCUGGGGACUGCCGGCCUUCGUGUGCGACCUCUACAUCGCCACCGACGUCACCAGCAGCACGUCCUCCAUCUUCAACCUGGUGGCCAUCAGCAUAGAUAGGUACAUUGCCGUCACCCAGCCAAUCAAAUAUGCCAAGCACAAGAACAACAAUCGGGUCAUCUUCACCAUCAUCCUGGUGUGGAUGACCUCAGCCGCCAUCGGGGCUCCGCUCGUCCUAGGGUUAAAUGUGCCGUCGGAUGGAGUGCUGCGGGACGAGGAACAAUGCAUCUUCUACAAUUCAGACUUCAUCAUCUACUCGUCCUUGUCAUCUUUCUACAUCCCUUGUGUCAUCAUGGUGUGCUUGUACUACAGAAUAUUUCAGGCGAUACGUCUCAGAGCAAGGCAGGCGGCCGCCGCCAAGAAGCCCAAGAUGGAUGUGCGGCCAUCGACUGUGAUAGAGAACAUGGCUCAAACGAAGCCGGGUACGCAACAGGAGACGACGCUGUCGGUGCUGCGGCCAGCACCUGACAAGGUGACGAACACGGGCAGCGGGAGCCAGGAGGAGGACGAUGACGACGACGAUGAGGGUCAAGAGGACGGACCGGACAUCUCGUCGCCCAACGAAGCCGAGGACUGUCACAUCAUCACCAACAAGUCGUGUGCGGAGCUGCCGCUUGUCUCCCUCCCCAUCUCAAGUCCGGCGGGCCCCUCCGUCAGCGUGGUUGAAGCCAACGGACAUCACGACUCGGGCUACGUGGACGACACGGCGCAUGUGAACCACCUGGCGGCAGUGGCGGCCGGCGCCGGACCACGUGACAGUCUGCUGCCCAAGACGGCCGGAGCCGUCAAGGCUCAAAUCUCCGGUGACAACAAAUUGGCGAGCAAAAAGACAAGCGCGUGCGCGAUGAAAGAUAAGAAGACGAAACGAGGGGCGACUAGUCGCUUCACUAUCUACAAAGUCAACAAGGCGAGCCGGAAGAAACGGGAGAAAAACUCUGCCAAGCGGGAGCGAAAGGCGACAAAGACUCUGGCCAUCGUGCUUGGCGUGUUCCUGGUCUGCUGGGUGCCGUUCUUCACCUGCAACGUGGUGGACGCCAUCUGCAUGAAGCUCGGCUCCGACUGCAGCCCGGGCUUGAUGGCUUUCUUCUUCACCACCUGGAUCGGCUACAUGAACAGCUUUGCCAACCCCGUCAUCUACACCAUCUUCAACCUCGAAUUCCGCAAGGCGUUCAAGAAGCUGCUCAGCUGCCGCAGCUGAUUCCGUGGCGCCGGUCCUGACAGAGCGCGACUCUGACUCGGGUGUGGCGUUCAUUGUGACUCGAUAUCUCUCGAGAGGGCUCGGUGCGAGCUACUGUACAUACGCGAGUGUACAUACGACACCAACCGACGCGGAUAUGUGUAAGCGUGUUGACUGUUGUCGCCAGAGACACAAACUAUUUUGUCAUGCGGAGCUUGCGCGCGGCGACGGGAGCUGAUGGGCCCUCCGCGCGCAGCGCUCCCGCUCCCGUGUCAGAUACUGUACAAACGUGGUGUGAGCGGGCGCGACCCGUCGAGCGCGACCCCGACGAACCCAAUCAAACGGCGCGCGCGACGCGCCCCAGACUGGAUCGCUGGUCCGGGACCAACCGCGCCGCCGGCCGGGGAGCGGGGUG